UCUUUUUUCCCCCUUUUCCCCUUUCUUCCUACGCGCGCAGGCACUUUCCUCCAUUGUCACCCCGACGCCACCGCGAGUUCUUAUCUUCUCUUCUAUAGAAUGUUCAGGCCCGGUGUUUCCGGCCUCUAUCGAUGUGGGGGGUGUCGAUGCAACAACGACUUUCUAGUAGCCUCCGUGCCUUGGAGUACGGGGCUUGGAUUUCGCCGGCCUCGUUCUUGUGGGUCGCUGGGCUGUUGGUACGGUAUAAGGCUUGGAUUCGACAUGGGCCUGAGUUAGAGGGCCGGGUUGGGAGAACCUGAAUCCAGGGGGGAAUUAACCGCCGUAUAUAAGCGUCAGCCUGCCAAGGGACUGUUUCCUCCCGUUGUUACAUAAGGGGAUGGACUAUCCAUGACAUGGUGGUAUGGCGGGUUGACGGAGUUCUCUCGCUCUGGGUGGUGUUGUCGGGGUGGGUUUCUGUGUUAUGCGUACAUGGGAGAAUGCUAGAGCUACGUUGGUGCUUUCAACAUAUACCGGGUGUGAUCCCCACUUGGCUGCUCCUGUUUCCUUCGUCCUCGGUCUGCGUGCGUCUUCGGGGGGUUACGUUUGUCAAUGGCACGCGAUUCUCUUAUGGAUUCUGCUAGCUGUCUGAGCAAGCCAUGACGACGCGCUGGAACGCAUAUCAUGAGCGCUCAUAUCAGUUAUUGAUAUCAUACUAUAUGCACUGUUGGUCUUCUCAUCUUAUUUCUUUAUCACUUUUGUCUGAUAUCUUGUUAUUACCUUGGCU